AUGGCUCGCCUUGCAAAAAGGGUUUGGGAAAACUCCAUGCUGACCAUCAGCACCAAGAUCAAGGUGUACCAAGCCUGCGUGCUCAGCACUCUGCUCUAUGGCAGUGAAGCAUGGACCCUGUACCCCUGUCAAGAGUGCAGACUCAAUGCUUUCCAUCUGUGCUGCCUUAGAAGGAUACUGGAUAUCACCUGGCAAGACUGUGUUGCAAACAAGCGUGUCCUGGCAGACAAUCUCAACCCAGCAGGUUGGGAAGCUAUAGCUGCAGACUGCAACCACUGGAGGCUUGCCAUCAAGGCAGGCAUUCAGAUGAGCAAGCAGAGGAGAGAGGGGCAGUGGGAAGAGAGGAGAGAGUGCAGACAGCAGAGGGCAGCAUCAGCACCCACAGAUCCAGGUGCAGACUAUAUCUGCAGCAACCGCAACAGAGUCUACCAUUCCAGGAUAGGGAUGUGCAGCCACAGCAGAAUUAUACUUGUAAAGGACACUUGUGAAUUUGUUUGGCUCAACACACUGUUGAUGAAUAACACUGAUGUGGAGAUUUUGCUGCUCUGCUUCCCACACCAGCCUGACUCCUGCCUCCAAACGGCACGCUUCUUUGUCACGAGAGUGGCCAUGUACUUUGUAACACUAACUGCUAUCCUUAUGACUGUCUUUGGGAAUCUGUUGGUCAUCAUCACUAUUUCCCAUUUUAAACAGCUGCAUUCGCCAACUCACUUCAUCAUCCUAUCUUUGGCCUUUGUGGACUUCAUGAUGGGAUGUCUGGUCAUGCCUUUCAGUAUGGUACGAUUGGUGGAAGGCUGCUGGUUCUUGGGAGAUCUGUUGUGUCAAAUCCAUUCCAGUUUAGACAUGACACUAAGUAUUGCCUCCAUCCUGCACCUCUGUUUGGUUUCUGUUGACAGGUUCAUGGCCAUUACCGAUCCUCUGGGUUAUCAGAUGAAGGUGACAAAUGGAAAUGUGGCAGUGUGCAUCGCUGUCAGUUGUAUUUUUUCUUGCAUGUUCAGCUUUGGGAUUGUGUUUUCCAAAAUUAACAUUGUUGGUCUGGAUGAACAAAUGUUAAACCCCUGUGUUGGAAACUGUGUUCUGAUUUUUAACAAGGAAUGGGGUGUUAUCACUCCAAUUCUUAACUUUUAUAUUCCAGGAGCUAUAAUGACCUGUUUGUACCUUAAAAUUUUUUAUGUUGCAAGAAAACAGGUGAGAUUAAUUUCUAAUAGAACUGCUGUGCUCACACCUGGUGAGACAAAAAAACAAUUAUCGGACCAGAGGGAGAGAAAAGCAGCUAAAACUCUGGGUAUUGUUAUGGGUGUUUUCCUUUUGUGUUGGCUGCCUUUUUUCCUCACCCUUGUUAUUGAUCCAUUUCUCAACUAUUCAACCCCUCUUGAUGUUUUUGAUGCACUGAUGUGGUUUGCUUACUUUAAUUCCAUGUUUAACCCUCUGAUCUAUGGAUUUUUCUAUCCACGUUUUCAGAAGGCAUUUAAGAUUAUCAUUGUAAGAUACCUUUUUCACCUGAAAAGCUCAAGCAACUUAGUGCUUCAGUGA